CACCAGACAACCCAGUGACAAAACGGAGACCCUUCUUGUUUUUCCGCCGACAACUCUAUUUCGCGACAGGCAAAAGCAACAGACAAUCUCCACUGUCAGAGGAGACGAUGAUGGCGAUGGGCAAGUGAUCACAAAGAUCGAUACUAUGGAGACGAUGCGCUUCGACGUCGAGACGGCCACCGAGUCGAUCUCUGACCUGAGGCUGCAGGUCGUCGAGGUCGGUGCAGGCGACUCGCAGCAGCAAGAAGCAAAGGGGCCAAGACGCCCGCGGUGGUUUCGCGAGAGGACCUUGACGCCCCAGGACGAGAUCGUCGACCGCCUUGUCGAUGCCAAUACCGCCCACGUCACAUGGACAACGCAUCGGCCAGUGCGAGGAUGGUAUCUGCACUUACGAUCUCCACUCCUGCCGCCUGGCUCAGCCAUCCCCUUGCGACCAUCGAGAACAGCAGCGGCUGACCCAAGCAGCACGCCUCUGACUUUCACGAUUGGCACCUCUAUCGAUCUCCGAGCGCUGAAGCAUGUACGGACCUUCAUCGAGAGCGACCGAAUGCCGUCUUCUUCAGGUGCGCUGCAGCCGCCGCAACGCACCAGUCACGAGCCGAGGGUGAGCGGUGCAUUCACCACUGUUGCGCUUGAUCAACCGCAAGAGGCCGUCACCUCGUCCACAAAGGCACAAGAGCGCGCAUCUUCACCUAAACAUGAGCAUACUGACACACCAGCCGCCCGCUCGACGGCACGAGAGAUUCACGUCGAAGGGUCAUCUGGUCGAGGAAGCAGCCAUGCUCGGCGACGAAGCGCCGGCAUCUCGAUAUCAGGCUCUGGCCCUGCUUCAGGUUCAGCAUCUGGCUCUCGUCAUGUGUCGAGGUCCUCACAAUUGGAUGGCAUAGCGCCACCUACGAUUGUAGUUGAGGAAGAGGAGGAAGGCGACGAGGAGAAGAAAGAUAAGGAGGGACACGGAGGGGUUCGGCAUCCACUCGAGGACGCCGACCAGCCGUACCACAAGCCACCUAGCCCGCAUGCGCUUGGCUCGCGCGGCUCGUCGCAGGCUUCAAAGACGCGCAAGAAUCUCUCGCCCUCUGGCCGCAGCCCCGUUCGAUCCAGCCGCGUCCCUGGCUCCUCUCCUUCCCCAUCUCCCUCCCCUUCUUCCACGUCUUCCACCCCUUCUCCCUCCCCAUCGAUGUCUUCGCCGCGCUCGAGAAAGGAACGGCCGCGCGCCUGCAACUUUCUCCUCACUGACGGCUCGGGCGCCUCCAAUGCCUCGUGGCUCGUCGAGUCGCAGAUGGCCCCCGGACGCGUCGCAGAGGGCGGCCACCGGCUCGGGUGGGCACGGUGGGCCUGGUCGCUGAUGCCCCAGCCCAUCCGACCUCCCCUGGCCAUCGACACCUCCAAGACGUUUUCCUUGCGUUGGCUCGACCCGCCGCCUAUGCACGAACGCAUGCAUGGACGCGAAGGCGGUCCUGGAACAGGCUCCGGCCAAGGCGCAGAGGCAUCAGGCCCGGGCAUCGAGGUGCUCCGCUUCGAGGACCGCUCCGGCUGGUGGUUCUGGAAGGCUAAGCAAAAGGGCAGACUCACCAUCCAGGCCCACGCUGUCCAGUGCCUUGGCAUCGACCUUGGCUUCUGGAUCGCCCUUGCCCUCGCAUACCUCGAGCAGCUCGAAGAGAGAGAUGGUUACAACGCCGCCGCUGACGGCUGAGAUGAACUCUACACAAGACACACGCACACAUACACAUACUCUGUAAUGGUGACCCUUUCAUGGCAAUUCAGUUGAGAAAAGGC